GCAGCAGUCACGCACUAGCAAGGCAGCUAGCAAAGGGGCAGCCUGCCAUCAAUCUCGCCUUUGUCGCAGCUCGGCACACUUUGCGCGCCUGUGACUGCCUUCUCUCCCCCGUGCACGCCGCUGCGACGCGUCCAGCGCUCGCGCGCCCUGUUGAGCUUCCUCACAUUUCGCAGACCAGUCGGCGCGCAUCCCAGGAAGCAUGUUCACCUCGACGGGAAAGACAGCGCCUCCCCAGGCCUUCGUCUCCAGCUACGCGCCCCGCCUGCGGUCGUACGGAAACUCCCUGAUAUCGCCCAUUGUCCCGCCUUCGAACACCCUCCCAGCGCCGCGGACGACGAAACGUGGAACAGCCAUCAUCAGCUACGCCGAGGAUGGAUAUGACGAUGAAGACUUCGACGACAGUGAGGGCCCGCGACGCGCGACGGGUCUGCGCAGCUUGCGGAGGGACGAUUCACAACUCGACAAAUCUGCGCAAAUAGCGGCGCUGGGCAAGGAGCUCACCGCACCCGUCGAAAUCCAGGGCAUAUGGCGAGAUUGGAUGGGGCGACCGAAGCACUCGAGGACCGAGAAGCAAGUACAGGUGCAAGCGGCGCUUCCAGUCACCCUUAUUCCCAUACGGAUAGACAUGGACAUUCAACCUUUCCGUCCAGACGCUCCCCUACCGAAGCCCUCCAACGCCAUCGAGUACGGCAUCGACGAGAGCCACCCAGCCUACAAACAGCCGGACAUGACUCCGGCAUAUCGGUUGAAGGAUGCAUUCCUCUGGAACCUGCAUGAGGCCCUAACUACCCCAGACCAGUUUGCGAAAGUGUUCGUAGACGAACUGGACCUCCCGGCCGACCGCAAGCCACAGCUGAUUCUCGCAAUCGCAAAUCAGAUUCGACAGCAGCUCGAAGAGUACGCAGGAGUCGCUCUGCAUCCUCUGUUCCACUCAACAGCGACGCCGUCCCUCCAAGGAACUGCGACUAAACCAGCGCCGCCCGCACAAUCUCGAGACGGAACAUCGACGCCCGCCGCGCCAGCUACGAACGGUGUAUCGACGCCUGUACUAAAUGGCGCCCCGCAGACCGAUGGAGCACCAACACCGGCGGCUAUUCCUAACGGAAUCAGCGCUACAGCCACAGCUCUGCCCUCUGGAGAACUCCAUAACCCGGACGAUACGUACCGCUGUAUUAUCACCCUAAACAUCAACCUGCUGAAUCGGCUAUAUAGUGACAAGUUUGAGUGGUCAUUAUUACAUCCUCCAGGGUUCGCGGAAAUGUUUGCCAAAGUCACUUGCGCAGAUCUGGGACUUGCAGGCGAGUGGGUACCAGCUAUGACGCACGCCAUAUACGAAGCAGUCUUGCGGUUGAAGAAGGAAGCUUGCGAGAACGGAGGUCUAGUCGGAGAUGGCGAAAUUGACAAUGACGCCGUUGAUCCCGCAGUCGGAGCAGGCUGGCGGUAUGACCAGGAGCACCUCUGCGAUGAGUGGGAACCAAAAGUCGAAAUCCUUUCCAAAGAAGAAAUCGAGAAACGUGAGGGCGAUCGUGAGAGACAGAUCCGUAGACUUCGGAGAGAAACAGCUCGGUUCUCCUCGACAACGAACAUGACGGGCACACCCCAGAACGACUUCUACGCCAAUAUCGAGCAGGCAGAGAACAUGGGGCGAGGGGAGCGCAGUAAAAAGAAGAGGCGAUUUAGGAGUCUCAGCCCGGUUGGACGAGAGACUCCUGAGUCUGGCGCUGGCUAUGGAGGCCAAGGGAACGGCUUGCAGGAUUGGGAACGACAAAAUUGGCGAUGUGCGCACUGCUAUGUAUGGGGCACCGCCGUCUGGGCUGUCCGCGACGGACCAAAGGGCCCACGAACGCUCUGCAACAAUUGCGGCUAUCUUUACGAGCGAGACAAGAAACUACCACCUUGGUCCGAGAAUCUAUUUUUCAACGACCGACCGCACCACGAGAUCCGACCGUACCAGCCGCAAAGGUAGCGUUGACACAGCGCUGUGUCUUCCCUAUCCUUUUCGAUGCCUCCUUGGAAGUUUUCUUUUUUUGGUUGACAGUCUCUAGCGAGAGCAUGAGACUCCUCGCCCAUUGGCGGUUAACACCUUAUUUGUGGGAAAGGGGAUAUCAGUUCACGAGCGCAACUGGAUUUCACGUAUGAGGUUUUGAAGGGAUCUACUUAUUUGUAGCAUUAUCAGCGAUGGCGUUAGGUUAUCAUGUUGGCAGGAAGGAGCUCUGGAAUGGAGGAUUUUACUUCGUUGUACUGUACCACUAAGGACGUCCUCCGAGUGUACGAAGCUUGGCCGCAUGUUAGCUGCGUGUUUGCGACAUCCUCAGCAAUGAGCAGUUGAAUAGCAAAAGUAAUC